AUGCCCAAAAUAUAUCCGUCCAGCAAAUUGGCAGUCCCCUCCCUCUCUGGUCAGCAGCCCUCUCCCUCUGGUCAGCAGCCCUCUCCCUCUGGUCAGCAGCUCUCUCCCUCUGGUCAGCAGCUCUCUCCUCUCACCUCUCUCCUCUGGUCAGCAGCUCUCUCCCUCUGGUCAGCCUCUCUCUCCCUCUGGUCAGCAGCUCUCUCCCUCGUCAGCACCUCUCCUCUGGUCAGCCUCACUCUCUCCCUCUGGUCAGCAGCUCUCUCCCUCUGGUCAGCCUCUCUCUCUCCUCUGGUCAGCAGCUCUCUCCCUCUGGUCAGCAGCUCCUCUCCCUCUGGUCAGCAGCUCUCUCCUCUGGCAGCGCCUCUCCCUCUGGUCAGCAGCUCUCUCCCUCUGGUCAGCAGCUCUCUCCUCGCAGCCUCUCUCCCUCGGUCAGCAGCUCUCUCCCUCUGGUCAGCAGCCUCUCCCUCUGGUCAGCAGCUCUCUCCCUCUGGUCAGCCUCUCUCCUCUGGUCGCAGCCUCUCUCUCUCCUCUGGUCAGCAGCUCUCUCCCUCCUCUGGUCAGCAGCCUCUCCCUCUGGUCAGCAGCUCUCCCUCUGGUCAGCGCCCUCUCCCUCUGGUCAGCGGUCAGCACUCUCUCCCUCUGGUCAGCAGCCCUCUCCCUCUGGUCAGCCCCUCUCCCUGGUCAGCAGCCUCUCUCCCUCUGGUCUGGUCAGCCUCUCUCUCCACUCUGGUCAGCAGCCCUCUCCCUCUGGUCAGCAGCUCUCUCCCUCUGGUCAGCAGCUCUCUCCCUCUGGUCAGCAGCUCUCUCUGGUCCACUCUGGUCAGCAGUCAGCAGCUCUCUCCCUCUGGUCAGCAGCCUCUCGUCACUCUCCCUCUGGUCAGCCUCUCUCUCCCUCUGGUCAGCAGCCCUCCCUCUGGUCAGCAGCUCUCUCCCUCUGGUCAGCAGCUCUCUCCCUCUGGUCAGCCUCUCCGGCUCUCUCCUGUCAGCCUCUCGCUCCUCUGGUCAGCCUCUCUCUCCCUCUGGUCAGCAGCCCUCCCCUCUGGUCAGCGCUCUCUCGCCUCUCCUCUGGUCAGCCUCUCUCCCUCUGGUCCAGCCUCUCCCUGGUCAGCCUCUCUCCUGGUCAGCCUCUCUCUCCCUCUGGUCAGCAGCUCUCUCCCUCUGGUCAGCCUCUCUCUCCCUCUGGUCAGCAGCCCUCUCCCUCUGGUCAGCAGCUCUCUCCCUCUGGUCAGCAGCUCUCUCCCUCUGGUCAGCAGCUCUCUCCCUCUGGUCAGCCUCUCUCUCCCUCUGGUCAGCAGCCCUCUCCCUCUGGUCAGCAGCUCUCUCCCUCUGGUCAGCAGUCCUCUCCCUCUGGUCAGCAGCCCUCUCCCUCUGGUCAGCAGCCCUCUCCCUCUGGUCAGCAGCCCUCUCCCUCUGGUCAGCCUCUCUCUCCCUCUGGUCAGCAGCUCUCUCCCUCUGGUCAGCAGCCCUCUCCCUCUGGUCAGCAGCUGUCUCCCUCUGGUCAGCAGCCCCCUCCCUCUGGUCAGCAGCUCUCUCCCUCUGGUCAGCAGCCCUCUCCCUCUGGUCAGCCUCUCUCUCCCUCUGGUCAGCAGCCCUCUCCCUCUGGUCAGCAGCCCUCUCCCUCUGGUCAGCCUCUCUCUCCCUCUGGUCAGCAGUCCUCUCCCUCUGGUCAGCAGCCCUCUCCCUCUGGUCAGCAGCCCUCUCCCUCUGCAGCCCUCUCCCUCUGGUCAGCAGCUCUCUCCCUCUGGUCAGCAGCUCUCUCCCUCUGGUCAGCAGCUCUCUCCCUCUGGUCAGCAGCUCUCUCCCUCUGGUCAGCAGCUCUCUCCCUCUGGUCAGCCUCUCUCUCCCUCUGGUCAGCAGCCCUCUCCCUCUGGUCAGCAGCUCUCUCCCUCUGGUCAGCAGUCCUCUCCCUCUGGUCAGCAGCCCUCUCCCUCUGGUCAGCAGCCCUCUCCCUCUGGUCAGCAGCCCUCUCCCUCUGGUCAGCCUCUCUCUCCCUCUGGUCAGCCUCUCUCUCCCUCUGGUCAGCAGCUCUCUCCCUCUGGUCAGCAGCCCUCUCCCUCUGGUCAGCAGCUGUCUCCCUCUGGUCAGCAGCCCUCUCCCUCUGGUCAGCAGCUCUCUCCCUCUGGUCAGCAGCCCUCUCCCUCUGGUCAGCCUCUCUCUCCCUCUGGUCAGCAGCCCUCUCCCUCUGGUCAGCAGCCCUCUCCCUCUGGUCAGCCUCUCUCUCCCUCUGGUCAGCACAGCCCUCUCCCUCUGGUCAGCAGCUCUCUCCCUCUGGUCAGCAGCCCUCUCCCUCUGGUCAGCAGCCCUCUCCCUCUGGUCAGCCUCUCUCUCCCUCUGGUCAGCAGCUCUCUCCCUCUGGUCAGCAGCCCUCUCCCUCUGGUCAGCCUCUCUCUCCCUCUGGUCAGCAGCUCUCUCCCUCUGGUCAGCCUCUCUCUCCCUCUGGUCAGCCUCUCUCUCCCUCUGGUCAGCAGCCCUCUCCCUCUGGUCAGCAGCCCUCUCCCUCUGGUCAGCCUCUCUCUCCCUCUGGUCAGCCUCUCUCUCCCUCUGGUCAGCAGCUCUCUCCCUCUGGUCAGCAGCCCUCUCCCUCUGGUCAGCAGCUCUCUCCCUCUGGUCAGCCUCUCUCUCCCUCUGGUCAGCAGCUCUCUCCCUCUGGUCAGCAGCCCUCUCCCUCUGGUCAGCAGCCCUCUCCCUCUGGUCAGCCUCUCUCUCCCUCUGGUCAGCAGCCCUCUCCCUCUGGUCAGCAGCUCUCUCCCUCUGGUCAGCAGCUCUCUCCCUCUGGUCAGCCUCUCUCUCCCUCUGGUCAGCAGCUCUCUCCCUCUGGUCAGCCUCUCGCUCCCUCUGGUCAGCCUCUCUCUCCCUCUGGUCAGCAGCCCUCUCCCUCUGGUCAGCAGCCCUCUCCCUCUGGUCAGCCUCUCUCUCCCUCUGGUCAGCAGCUCUCUCCCUCUGGUCAGCAGCCCUCUCCCUCUGGUCAGCAGCCCUCUCCCUCUGGUCAGCCUCUCUCUCCCUCUGGUCAGCCUCUCUCUCCCUCUGGUCAGCAGCUCUCUCCCUCUGGUCAGCAGCCCUCUCCCUCUGGUCAGCAGCUGUCUCCCUCUGGUCAGCAGCCCUCUCCCUCUGGUCAGCAGCUCUCUCCCUCUGGUCAGCAGCCCUCUCCCUCUGGUCAGCCUCUCUCUCCCUCUGGUCAGCAGCCCUCUCCCUCUGGUCAGCAGCUCUCUCCCUCUGGUCAGCAGCUCUCUCCCUCUGGUCAGCAGCUCUCUCCCUCUGGUCAGCAGCCCUCUCCCUCUGGUCAGCAGCUCUCUCCCUCUGGUCAGCAGCCCUCUCCCUCUGGUCAGCAGCUCUCUCCCUCUGGUCAGCAGCUCUCUCCCUCUGGUCAGCAGCUCUCUCCCUCUGGUCAGCAGCUCUCUCCCACUGGUCAGCAGCUCUCUCCCUCUGGUCAGCAGCCCUCUCCCUCUGGUCAGCAGUCCUCUCCCUCUGGUCAGCAGCUCUCUCCCUCUGGUCAGCAGCUCUCUCCCUCUGGUCAGCCUCUCUCUCCCACUGGUCAGCAGCUCUCUCCCACUGGUCAGCAGCUCUCUCCCACUGGUCAGCAGCUCUCUCCCUCUGGUGCUGAAUGCUCCAUGUUAA